UGUAAAAAUUGUUUCAUAAAAACAGGCCUUAUAGAAAAUUCCGGUGCUUGGCGCUGCAGUCGCAACGGAGUCGCUAGAGUCGCGUUUUUACGAUCGGCUGACGGUCGUUUCAACAUUCUGAACAUUUUGUUACAAUUUUCUUAUUCCGAGUAACACAUUUUUCAUCCGUACUCGAUUUUACAAAAGUCCAUGGUAUCACAACAGUGAGAACCAUAUUUAGUGUUCGUUUAUUCGACGUUUAAGUCGCAAAAUAUGUGGUUAUUGUACUUUUAUUAAUUUUCACGGUUAUCGCCAUCUUAGUCUGUCAUCAAACCUUUCGAACCAAAAUUUCAGUGUUUCUUAAUUUACAGUUGACUGUGUUUUACAAGACUAUUUUCUCACGAAAAAACAAUAAAUUAUUCUUUCGUAUCGUGAAGAACAUUGCACAGUGAAUUCGCAACCGUGAUCGGUUCGUCUUCGACGUGUACAUCGAGGCAUCCUGCACUUCUUUAGGGAAGUGGGAUGUUACACUGAAGAGUGGAGGAUUCCUCCAUGGACCGUUCUCAAGAGUAAGUUAAGUCGUUUUUAUAUUGCUGUAAAUAAUUUUUUUCUCUUUAUACACGCACGAACUUAAAACGCAUUUGCACGAGACCGAAUUGCCACGCCUUGGGCAACUAGUUAUUAACCGGAAGUAAAUUAUCUUAAUUCGUUUCUGAAAGAUUUUGCGGAACCAACGACCAUGACGACGAUGGUGAUGCAAGAAAAUAGAAACCAUUGGUAGAAUGACGGCCAUGACACAGGAAGAAAUUGUGGCUGGUGCCAGGACGGUUGCCCAAGGAUUGGAAGCCCUUCAUUUGGAACAUGGAGGGCUUCUACAAGGACUGCAGUCGCAGGAUACACCAGUUGCAAGGGAUAAAGCCAGUUUGCUAUCGAAGAACAUUGAGAUGAUAGAACUGGGUCUUGGUGAGGCUUACAUUAUGAUAGAACUUGUCAACCACCUACAAACAGUAGAGGCUGAAAAACAAAAGCUUAGGACCCAAGUUAAAAGGCUAUGUCAGGAAAAUGCUUGGUUAAGGGAUGAGUUGGCUGGAACUCAGCAAAAAUUACAAGCCAGUGAGCAAGCAGCAGUCAAAUUAGAAGUAGAUAAGCAACAUUUACAAUAUAUGGCAAGUCUGAAACAGUAUGAUGCAGAUUCAUCUGCUGAUGAUGAAAAUGCUAAAGACAGACCAAAAGCUGAUCCUGUAGUUGAUUUGUUCCCUGAUGACGACGCGGACGACCGAAAUAGUAAGUCGAUAUUGCCGACACCACCAUCACAGUUAGCACAACAAGUGAAUGCCGGGUAUGAAAUACCUGCACGCUUACGUACGCUGCACAAUUUGGUUAUACAGUACGCGAGUCAAGGCCGUUAUGAAGUAGCUGUACCUCUAUGCAAGCAGGCAUUAGAGGAUCUGGAGAAGACAUCCGGACACGAUCACCCUGAUGUCGCAACUAUGUUGAAUAUCCUCGCUUUAGUAUACAGAGAUCAAAAUAAAUAUAAAGAGGCGGCGAAUCUAUUGAACGAUGCGUUGGCCAUUCGCGAAAAGACGCUCGGAGAAAAUCACCCUGCCGUUGCCGCGACAUUAAACAAUUUAGCCGUUUUGUAUGGCAAACGAGGCAAAUACAAAGAGGCUGAGCCGUUGUGUAAACGAGCCCUCGAUAUUCGAGAAAAAGUUCUGGGUCGUGAUCACCCGGACGUUGCAAAGCAACUGAAUAAUCUCGCGUUACUCUGUCAGAACCAGGGUAAAUACGAUGAAGUAGAACGUUAUUAUCAACGAGCGCACGAAAUUUACGAAACCAAACUAGGCCUAGAUGAUCCUAAUGUCGCGAAAACGAAAAACAACUUAGCGUCGUGUUAUCUGAAACAAGGCAAAUACAAAGAUGCAGAAGUUUUGUAUAAACAAAUACUAACUAGAGCACACGAGAAAGAAUUUGGUGCUAUUUGUAGCGAUAAUAAACCAAUUUGGCAGGUCGCGGAAGAAAGGGAAGAAAAUAAACAUAGGAAUAAAGAGAAUACCCCAUAUGGAGAGUAUGGGGGCUGGCAUAAAGCUGCUAAGGUAGAUUCACCUACAGUCACAACUACUUUAAAAAACCUUGCUGCGUUAUACCGAAGACAAGGAAAAUAUGAGGCGGCGGAAACUUUGGAGGAUUGUGCUAUGAGGUCACGAAGAGAGCAGACAUUGGACUUCGUGAAACAGGGAAAGGUGGCGCAGAUUUUAGGAGAAGAAAAAGGACCGACAAGGCGCGGUUCGCGAUCCAGUUUAGCCAACAGUGAACACGAGCAACACGACGAGGGCUCGCUGCCGCUGGUACAAAGGGCGCUACAUGAAGGACAGUCUGGCCACCACGACGCUAGUCCUAACAAACCCGGUUUUAAAAACAAGAUCUUUCAAGCUUUCGGGAUUCACUCUUCCACGUAGGAUAUUCGUCUGUAGCGUUACCUGUCGUUCAAUUAUGCUCGAUCACACAAACGACUUUCAGUCGCGUCGCUGAAAGUUUUGUGCCGUUAGGACGAGAGAGAAUAUUUAAAGAAGUACGCAUGUUUGAGAGAACAUUACGUUUAGGUAUUUGUUUUAAAAUUUCAUAAUGGUGUAACCCAAACCGCUGAGGAACGUUACGAUCGUGCGAGAAUGUCCUUAAAAGAUUCCUCUAAAGUGCAAGCAUUUAUUAGGGACGUAUAGUUGGACGUAGGAGUGGGCCUUCGGCAAUUUUUGGGCAUUCGAUAGUUUCCGGCAGCCGGUGUUUCCGAUGAUACGACGAAAGCACAUUACUGCACAUUCUUUUAUUACAUUUACAAGUAUUUCGAUAACCGUUUGUUGCUACUUCCAUUACCCUUUUUGGACAAGUAUUGCGUAGAAAAGUACAGCCUUUACAAAUCACUUCCACUUGUAAGCCAUGAUAAUAAUGCUCCUUUAAUUUCGUUGUUCCCUUUUGUUUCGUCUUGUUUUUGAAAGACCAUGGAUCUGUAUUUUUAAAUAUUAAUCCAAAUUCAAUGGAGGUGCUUUCUAUGAAGCAUUUUUAUUUUUCACGUUGCAUUAUUUGUAAUAUUUAACUAUUGAAACUUUUUACGCUUGUAUCAUACACAAUCAUGUUAACGAGCAGAUAGAAUAAAAAAUGCUUCCAGAAAUAGUUAUUUUCUUAAAGAAACUAUAUAGUUAUUGUUUCACGUGUUCUUCUUGGCUUGACAGAAAGAUACCGCGAUGUAAAUGAAUUGAAUGGACAUUUAUAAAUUCAAGUAUCGUUUUUUAUAUUCGUUAUUUUUCGUAAGCCAAAACACACGAUGAAACUGCGCACACGAAAUUAUAUGUAGCCAAUUUUAGCAACAGCUUUGCUUAACUAUAUAGUUCAGUAUAGAUUUGCAAAGAUGACAGUUUAAGAUAAUCGAUGUGCAGAGAAAAUUAAUAACGCUAUAAUUACGGUUUAAUACUUGACAAACAUUAAUAUUCUCUGUGUAAGAGGUUUUUACGAUAAUCUUGUGUACAGUUUACUUUGAUUUUUAACAAAUGUGCAGUCUUCUUCUAGCUUGAGAUGACUCGUCGUCGGUUUUACAUUCGCCUAUUUAACAAUGUGUUUUAAUUUACAUUCUUUUAAACGAAAGUUUUCUCACUUAGGGUUACAUUGAUUGUGUCCUACUUUUUAAUACAGGUGUGAGGUGUCUCGAAGCUCAUGUAAUAUUCAAAUUCUUCCCUUGAAAGUAUUAUGUAUUUUUUAAGAAAUGGAUGCAACUCGUGCAAUUCAUUAUGUUAUAUAUUUAUACGCAUAUAAUAUAUUAUAUAUUCUUAAACGAUUCUCAUUUGUGCGACAAAUGAAUGAAAAGCUGUGUUGCGGAUCUAUUUUGACAGAUCUCAAGAGCGUAAGAAGGGUAAUUUUAUUCAUUCGGGGCACCUUGUAUCACUUUCUUUUUUCAUCUUUUAUACAUUACGAAUAGACUGCGAAUAUUUGUACAUUUAUAAUGUAUCUAAGUAUGCAAAGAAAUCAUGUAAACUUUGUAGACUUCAGUAUAUCAUAAAUGCAUAAAUAUCCGCGAUCAUCGAACUCCUAUUUAGAUAAUGAAAUUGUUACAUUACAUUCAAUUCUACGUUGUAAUGAAACUGCAAUCGGUAAUUGUGAACUGGAUUAUUUAAUAUAAGUAGUGCCUUGAGACUUUAACUGAGAGCGAACAAAUAAAUUAUUUUCUAACUGUAUAAGAUUCUAGUUGUUAUUCCGCUCGUGAUGUUACGUGACCCUUGUGGAAUUAAUAUUCAGUGUCCGUUUGUUCUUUUUUCUUUUGUUAUCGUCAGUUAGGCCUCUUUUGUAUAAAACGAAUGUGUAUAACACAGGUUUGCAUCAUUAAUUUUCCUCGCACGCAUUUGUGUUUUUUAACCACCAUUGUUACCAGUCGUUUUUCGAUAUCUGCGUUGUCGUUUUGUUUCGCUUUGAUUUGAGUACUCUGCGGGCCGGGACUUAGAUAAAGGAUGUCACCGGAGUACAAUCUCGUCUGGACAACAUACGGGACAGAAAUGACCGAUUUCUGGAGCAGGACAAUGUUUCAUUCACUCGCAAUAAAGGAUACUAUGUAAGAGAUAUGUAACGGGGAACGAUAAGUUUGGAUGAUAAAAAGGGCUCUGCAUUGUUUGCGUAAAACAUUGUCUGAUGUCCAUUCUGUUUGGAUCGUUUAACCGUGUACAGCACAUUCCAGCUGCUUUUCUUCUCAAUCAGGCGUAACGUUAACGAAGUGCUCACGUUGCUCGUUUCAACGCGGGAACCCAAUCACGACUAGCAACUGAAUUUGGAAACAGGAAAGAAGGCAUAUCGCUCCACUCUGCUUGGGAACGUGAAUCAAAAUCCGAGGGCAGGAGAUCUAUACAAUUACACUGCAGAAAGUUACAUUGACCUAACCAUAAAAAUCAGGAUGUAUUCAAUCACUGUUCUCCGUGUUGUACAGAGAGCGAUAAACAAACAAAAGUUUCUUCAAACAGGCGUCCAUUUUGCAUACACAUAUCUUUCUUUUUCGUUGAGCAUACCAUAGUUCAAACGACGCGACAACGUGUAAUCAUUCCACGAGUUCUAGCUUUUUGGUCGAUUAUUCAAAAACAAGAUGAUUUACAUAUAACUUAAGGAAUGUUUGUAUGUCGCUUAGCAUUACAUGUACUCUUACACAGUGAUGGGCAAACUAUGCCUGCGAGGAGGUGUCACGCACAUCAAUGCAGUACGUACUGUGCACGUCCGUGCCCGUGAGGCUCCGGCGGGCACCUGAUCUGCCCAUCGCUGCUCUUACAUACCAUGCAUGUUAGGAUUAUGCGAAAUUAUCAUCGUCAUACUCAAGAAUAAACAAGUGUAACGCGCCAGGGGAGAAUCGCGUUUUCUCUUUUUCAUUCUUGUUCCGUCUGGAGUCCAAUAAUACAAAGUAAAAUGGCGCGUGUAGUGGAAAGAGUUAAUCUGCCGGCGACGUUGAUUUCUUUGUCCUAUUUAUAAUCGUACGCAUAACAAAAAGGAAAGAAUACUUAUAUAAUAUACUAUAUAAUAUACUUAUGUAUUCGCAAUAUUUAAUUUAUUCUAUGCGUUCUAUUCGUCGCAAUUAAGAUAUUAAGCAUGACGCAUAUUUGUAUUAUAGUUACCGCGAUAAAUUAUUUCGUUUCUGCGGAAACUUUCGUUUCUGUUUUUAUUCGUUUUCUAAUCCCGUCGGGACGCGAAACAAGGAUUCCUUUUAUAUCCGCGUUUAUGUAAAUCCUGAAACGUAUGCUUUAAAGCCAAGGAUCAUUGUAACCGGCUGUGAAUGUGAACUAUUUAAACAGUCUGAAAAUUGCGUUCGAUUUUUAACAGUAGCUACGACAAUACAGAAAUGAUGAUCGUUUGAAUUAGCCGAGUCCUACAUCUGAGUUCUACCUGCUAGAAUCUCGGGUUUUUACGCGUUGUACAACUCUUUCAUUGUAACAUUGUGUAAUGAGUCACAUUUGAAGCCAUUAUAGCGAGGCUAUAGUUUGUUACGUAAUAAAUGAAUAGAACUUUUAUGAAGCUUCUAAAUUAUUGUCAUGAAUUGCUGGAAGAAAUAAUUAUACUUGGCUGUAGGCUUUUGAAAGAAAGGGCUUCUUUGAAGGAUCUUUAAGUUAUUGAAUUUCAUCAUUUCUAAACUAAAUCUGAAAAUUUAGAUCAACAGAAGCCUACAACGCCAUUCUAUAGUUGCUUCCAUAAUUCAGAAGGGGCAACUAUAGCUGUUAGAGUAGACUCGAUCUUAACAACGAAAAAUAAAAUUCAAUAGUUAUUAAACAAUGCUAAUCGCUUAAUAAAAUAAUUCUCAAGUUCUAUUCGCAUGCAAGACUCGUUAAAAAUUCAAAGCUUCGAAAGAAAUUGGACUGGUCUAGUUCAAAUUUUAGAAUUGCACCCGGGUCACGGAUGUACGAUUAUCAUUUUACAGUCGUAGCGACGAUAGCUCGUUUUCAUUCUGCGUAAUUAUUUAAGCAGCACUUCAUUUUCUCAUCGUUUGAUCCUGCGUUCAUUUAGAAAUCGUAGAAAUUCUCAUCCGAUCAUCCUUUUUUACACUUGUCAUACUUUUCGUGUGCUGUUAUCUUGGAAAAUGAAUCAUGCAUUUAUUGAUACGCAUAUUCUGCGCCUGAGAGCUUGAAGGCCUAGAAAAUAUCAGCUUUCGCUUGAGAUAACUCAAGCUUUGUUGGCUUUUUGUAAUAUUUUAAUCGCUUGUAUAAGUUGAACUUGUUUUCUUUUUGUAUAGAAUACGCACCACAUUUUUUCUGUUAGGGUAAAUAUUUAUUGAGAGGUGAUCAUUUUGUUUCACCUUGCAUCGCUGUUUAAGCUGCGAUUAUGUAAUUUUUAAUAUCUUUUUACUAUUUAUAUUAGAUGUUUUUGUUAGCUUAUUUUUCUUGGGAUUAUGUAGCUCUUUGAGAAGAUUUAUUUUAAGAAGUUGAAAGGGAAUAGAUGAUCUACUAUUUUAUACUUGAAAUAGAUGUGAUACAGUAUUAAGAUAAGGUUUUAGUGUCCAUUCACCGUCGAAAGUAGUUGUUGCUUUAUUCUAUAGAACAACAAAACUUUUGAGGUAUUGCAGCUCUCAGGUGCAAGUACUGUAAUUUAAAUAAUAUGUAAGUUUUGAUUUAUAAUAAAUAUUUCCACUUGGUAAGA